AUGAAAAAUAUUUUGUCUGUUUUUUAUAUUUUUCUUCUUUUGAAGAUAUUAAUAUUAGACAACAAUGGCGUAAAUAGCGAAAAUACAAAUGUACAGAGCCCAUGUUUAAGGGGGGGUGGAGAAAACGGUAAUUUCAAAAUAAAUACAAAUAAGGAAAGUGAAAUGUAUAAUGUCGCUAAAGGGGAAGAAGAGGAAUCAGGAACUGAACAGGAAAUAACUGAACAAAUAACUAAGGAAGAACCCGCAACUGAGCAAAUAACUGAGCAAACACCUCAAGAAGUAACUGAACCAACAACUGAACCAGAAACUGAACAAACAACUGAACCAGCAACUGAACAAAUAACUGAACCAGCAACUGAACAAAUAACUGAACCAACAACUGAACAAACAACUGAACCAGCAACUGAACCAGAAACUGAACCAGAAACUGAACCAGCAACUGAACCAGAAACUGAACCAAAAACUGAACCAACAACUGAACAAACAACUGAACAAACAACUGAACAAACAACUGAACAAACAACUGAACCAGAAACUGAACAAACAACUGAACCAGCAGCUGAACAAACAACUGAACAAACAACUGAACCAGAAACUGAUCAAACAACUGAACCAGCAACUGAACAAAUAACUGAACCAACAACUGAACAAAUAACUGAACCAACAACUGAACAAAUAACUGAACCAACAACUGAACCAACAACUGAACAAACAACUGAACAAACAACUGAACCAACAACUGAACAAAUAACUGAACCAGAAACUGAACCAACAACUGAACCAGAAACUGAACCAACAACUGAACCAGCAACUGAACCAACAACUGAACCAACAACUGAACCAGAAACUGAACAAAUAACUGAGCAAACAACUGAACCAGAAACUAAACAAAUAACUGAGCAAACACCUCAGGAAGAACUAAUAAUUGAAGAAAUAACUGAACAAAUAUCUGAACAAAUAUCUGAACAAAUAUCUGAACAAAUAUUUGAAGAAAUACUUGAAGAAAUAUCUGAACAAACACCUCAAGAAGAAACUGAACAAACAACUCAGGAAGAACCAUCAGAUGAACAAACAACUCAGGAAGAACCAGCAGCUGAACAAAUAACUCAAGAAGAACCAACAGCUGAACAAACAACUCAAGAAGAACCAACAGCUGAACAAACAACUCAAGAAGAACCAACAGCUGAACAAAUAACUAAGGAAGAACCAGAAACUGAACAAAUAACUAAGGAAGAACCAGCAACUGAACAAACAACUCAGGAAGAACCUAAUCAUGAAACGAAUGCAGAUAAAUCAUUCAAGAAUAUAACUGAUGUAAUGAAUGACGAUAGUAAUUUUGAUGAUGUAUCAUCAUUUUUUGAAGAAGAAAUAUCUCAUCAUUUGAAAAAGAUUGAAGAAAAUUAA